AUGUUAAAAAAGAAAAGGAAUAAAGGGAAUCCGGACAUGGCCUCAAUUUUUCUUUGAAAAUAUUGGAGACCAGCCAUAUGCUUGCUAAGAAGUACCACCCAAGUUGCUGGAUUUCUCCCCAAAAAUCCGCAAUCGCAGCAGUCCAUCAGCCAAAGUUUUAAGCCGCCAAAAGGCUUUCAGUAGUUGCAGAUUUUGCAUCUAUCCACAACCCAGAAGAACCCAGCUCUCGAGCCAUAUAAAGUUCGAAACUUUAAGAAUUGCAGGUCUCAAAAUUGAAGAUGGAUAUAAUAUCCCAACUGCAAGAACAGGUGAACACAAUUGCAGGCCUUGCCUUCAAUACCUUUGGGACACUUCAAAGGGAUGCUCCUCCAGUAAGGUUGUCUCCUAAUUAUCCAGAACCUCCAGCUAAUCCUUCUAGUGCUGCGGAGGAUGCAGCUAGUCUUGCUGAGCAGCCGAAGCUCAUGAGUGCUGCACUUGUCAAGGCUGCCAAGCAGUUUGAUUUGUUGGUGGCUGCCCUUCCGUUAGCUGAGGGAGGUGAAGAAUCUCAGCUGAAAAGAAUUGCAGAACUUCAGGCUGAAAAUGAUGCCGUAGGCCAAGAACUGCAAAAACAACUGGAAGCUGCGGAGAAUGAAUUAAAGCAAGUGCAGGAGUUGUUCAGGCAAGCAACAGACAACUGCUUGAACUUAAAGAAACCAGAUUGAAGGCUACGCAAGUUUUCAUUAUAAUUGUGAUGAGUAGUUUUGUAGUAAUCUGUUCAGAAGCUUUGCACCCUGCUCAAGUUAAAAAAAAAAAAUUUGUGAGAGGAGGGGGGGGGGACUAUGAAAUCCCAUUAGAACAUCCAUUCCUCUUAUGUAGCUUAUAUUGUCCUUUCAUAGAAGGUUCAGGAUUUUGUCUGUCACGAUGUAUUUAGAGUAUAAUAAUUGGUAUGGAGGAUGGUGGAUUUGCAGAUCAUCAUGUAAUGUGAUUGUGUCAUAAGCAAAUCAUUUUAGCUCUUGGAUCUUAUCCAUCGUCUUGUAACAUACUUUUUCCUAUCAUGUAACUUGCUCAAAAGUCAUAAUCAGAAGAAGAAAAUGUUUG